AUCUCUCUCUCUUAAAUUAUUAUACAUUGUUUCUUUCGAAGAAGAACAUCAGAUUCUCCAUUACAAACAAAAAUAAAAGCUUCCUCUGUUUUGUUUUAAAGUUCACAUAGAGGAGAAUUAUCAGCUAACUGAUUUUGGCAGCAAAUGGCCAUGGAGCAGUGCUCGGAGAAGUGGAACGAUUCGCCUGUUACUGAUGAUAAUCCGACGACAGCCUUCGACUGCAACAUCUGCCUCGACUCGGUUCAGGAUCCGGUGGUCACGCUUUGUGGCCACCUCUAUUGCUGGCCCUGCAUCUACAAAUGGCUUCAUUUUGAGGACCAAGGCUGGAAACAGCACCAAUGUCCUGUAUGCAAGGCUGAAGUAUCGGAUGCCACAUUGAUUCCGCUCUACGGCCGGGGCGUAACAACUAAGGAAUCUAAGACCGAGACUUCCCGAUUCGGUAUGAACAUACCGAAGCGGCCUCUCGGUCCUAACUGGGACAUUGGCACGAUACAACGAUUGCCGAAUUCUACCAACAGUAUGCAGUUUCAUCAUCAUGGAUAUUCAUAUCAACCACAAGUGUACUACCCCGGACAGGAUGGCUAUCCAGCUUCGGCGGUGCUAAGUACCGGUGGCAUGUCGAUAAAUGUACCGGAUCCAGUGAUCCGAAUGUUCGGCGAAAUGGUAUACACUAGAGUAUUUGGGGACUCAGAUAGGAACUUUUAUACGUAUCCGAGCUCGUACAAUCUAGCUGGGAUCACUAGCCAUAGGAUCAGACGGCACGUAAUGCAAGCAGAUAAAUCACUGGGAAGGCUAAGUGUUUUCCUCUUCUGCUGCUUAUUCCUAUGUCUACUUUUGUUCUGAACUUCCUUCUCCAUUUCCCAUUUCAGACACUGUA